GUUUGUUUUUGUAAUAAUUGGGCGAACUAGACGUCAAUAUGACGUUUAUGUGCGGAUUCUGCGCGUAUGGAGGUUAUGUUCGCAUCUAAUUAUAAUUUGUAUAUAAAAAAGUAGUGAUGCAGGUAAAAUACCGCAGUGCGAUGCACGUCGAAAACCUCAUGAACUAACUCAUUAAUUAGCUCAGCUACAAAAACACACGCCUUAAUUUAAUUUGUGCCUAAUUAGCAGCUGUACUUUGUAAAAACUUAAGUAUUCUAUGAAAUUUCGGCUUGAAGUGUAAAAUAAUAAUAAACAUAUGUAAUGAUUAAUGAAGUCCGAGAUUGAGGUAAAUACCUAUUUAGAGUGAAAUUAGUGAGCUAAUAUUGAAGUGAAAAUAAAUAAAUAUGGCAGUGCAAAACAAAGUGCUUUAUGCCUUUCGGGGUUGGAUAGCUUUUGUCGCUUUUAUGGACUUGGGAACUGCAGGCCGGUCCUAUAUUGAGAGGCGGUCGUUUUUGAGCAAUAAUGGAGAAAAUGAACACAUGGAUGGAGACUUCACAAUAUCCCGUAUGGUUGGAAUGUAUUCGGUGCUCAAAGCCCUUGCACUCAUUCAUUGUACGCUCUACAUACAUUACAGACCGGUGGUCUCCAUGGGGUACUGGUCCCUGACUUUGACCAUAAUCCUCUACUUCACGGAGGCUUUCUACUACCACUCCACUAACCUCAACUUCUAUGUGGUGUUCCCUUGUAUAUUGAACAUUAUAACCCUCCUGGGGCUAAUCUACCUACCAGGGAAGCUGAAGAUUUGGGGAACAGUCCCUGGCACAUCCGGCAUGACCAUAGAGGUGGAAGACGAAAACACUCAGAUCCUCAGACAAAUGGGGAAUUUCCGACGAAGAAAGCCAGGACACAAGAAUAAGCAUGUUUGAUUGUGCAACGCAACAAAGGUAUAUCUGGCUGUGUAGGUUCGUGCCCUUAAAAAUAGAUUAAAAAAAACUGGAGCUUCAAGUUGCUGCUACUCGAAGGUAGAUGGCGUUAGUGUACUGACAUCUGUCGGUGUAAAGUGGAACUAGAGAUUGACCAAGUAAAAUGUAUAUUUGAAUGAAAGCACUUUGUGUGUUGUAGUUAUUAGACGGUAGAUGGCAUAUUUUGGGUUCUACUGCCAUCUAUUAGGUCGAAUUUGAAAUUUGAAUUAUCGGUAUAAUUGUCUAUAAAUCUCCGUUUAAUAAAACAGUGGAACAACCAAGCGAUUAAAAUGAAACCCUUAAUGGUUAUUUAUAAAAAUAGAACCAUUUGACAGUUACUUCUAUUCGGUUGAAAAACUUCCAACUUAAUAUCAACAGAUGGCGUUACUUUGACAACUGUAAGUGGCGCCAUCUGUUAUAUAAAGGAGUAACUAAAAUUAGACUUAAAAACCGCAAUAACCCAUUUUUAGAGGUAAAGUCAUAUAAUGGAAAGAAAAUAUGUAGAAUAUAGAAUUUAAAGGGAUAUUUAUUUA